AUGGCUGGUUCAAUCGCCGACAACGCUAGAAUAUACAAGAAGACCUUCACUUAUGUACCACCUCCGGACGAGCUCAUCGAAUCCACUAACUACACACUUGACUUUGUGAGCCACAAAUUUGUGCACGUCGGUAUUGGCCCGGUUGAAAAAUGUCAAGUGAACGCUAUGUUUGAUGAAAGCAGUGUGGCUAACGUGACAAACGUGAUAAACCAAACGUCCAAGGCCAUUGUAGAGUCAGUUAUGAGUACGACGAUGAUAAAUGACGGGCCGUUGGUUGACAGUGAUGUCGUAUCACCAGUAACGUUGAGCAUGGAAUGGAGUAGGGUGGCCAGGCUGUUGAUCAUGAUUGGCCUGUCCGUCAUCGGUAGCAUCGGUAACGUGUACAUGAUUAGCUCGGUAAUGAUCGAGGACCAUCUCAACAAAAGGGGCAACACUUUCGUGGCGAACGUGGCGCUAGCCGACCUGUUGAUCAGCGGUCUAGUCAUUCCGGCAUCCGCAGUGGUCAUCUUAUCCGGUCUACAGGAUUCUCCGCCAGUGUGUCAAUUCCAGUGGUUCUUGUCGAUYCUAUGUUGUCUAGUAACCGUGCUUACCAUGGCCGCGGUGGCGGCCGAGAACUAUAUACGGCUCUGUCUGACGCCCGAAUGCUACGCCAAACUUACUGUCACAAAAAUCACCACGCUCCUGUUCGCCAUAUGGAUCGUCAGCUCGAUCCUGGUCACGUUACAAUCUGUCUACAAGAUGGGACCAGACUAUUGCGCCAAAAAGGUAAGGCGAGUGCAUUGUAUGACCAUUGAUGCAGCAGUCAUAAAUUCUGGGCACUUGUAA